AUGUCUCUCACUGCCGAGCAACAGGACAACUUCGAGGACAUCGAGAAGCAGUUCGCCGUCAAGGCUGUCCAGCACAUGACUACCUACUGGUCCAUUCUCGAAAAGGUCCCCGGCUCUAAGCUACGCCUCACAAAGAUCGACGACGAGAUUUACGAGCACUUCAAGAAGGAGUUCCCCGACUACGACCCCAAGGCCACCAUCAAUGAGGACGAGAUGAAGAGCAAGGCAGGCAAGGAGCGCUGGAGAAACUUUAUCAACCAGUACGAGAAGAAGGUCGACGACUACAACUUCGGCACACUGUUGCGCUCCAACCCUGCCUUUGAAUACGGCCAGGACGAGACCAUUUUUGCUGUUCGCAUGCAGUUCUACGCACUUGAAAUCUUGAGAAAUCGCGAAGGUCUGAACGACUGGGUUUACGAGAAAGCUCAAGGCCAGAAGUCUUCUUGA